GGAGGCGGCGGGGAGGCGGGAGCGUCAGCAGCCUGCGACCGGGGCGGAAGGAGGCGCUGGGCGGGCACCGCGUGUGUGAGGAGAGCCAAGCCGGGCCUGCUGCUGUGCUCAGCUCCGGAAGGUGACAACCAUCAGCCAGCUACAAGACUCAACAAUGAGUUUUGUCGAAUAUGGAGAUACAAUAAAGGAUGGUGACACAGCUAUUGUGUUCUUGGGCCAUGAAUCCAUGUUUCCUGUGAAAGUCCAGCAUGGCACUGUAACUCAGACUAAGUAUGGGGUCAUCAGACAUUCCACGGACCUCAUAGGCAAGAAGUAUGGCUCCAAAGUAACCUGCAGUAAAGGAGGAUGGGUGUUUAUUCUUCAUCCAACUCCAGAACUGUGGACCAUGAAUCUUCCACACAGGACACAGAUUCUGUAUUCCACUGACAUUUCCAUAAUCACCAUGAUGUUAGAACUGAAGCCAGGCUCCAUAGUAUGUGAAUCAGGUACAGGCAGCGGAUCCCUCUCCCACGCUGUCAUCAGGACAGUGGCUCCUACAGGACACUUGUACACUGUGGAGUUCCACCAACAGAGAGCAGAGAAGGCCAGGGAGGAGUUUCGGGAGCAUGGGGUGGAGCAUCUGGUCACCGUGACCAACCAAGAUGUCUGCAAAAAUGGAUUUGGUGUCUCAAACAUUGCAGAUGCUGUGUUCCUAGAUAUUCCAUCUCCAUGGGAAGCCAUAGGACAUGCAAAGUCAGCGUUAAAAGCUGAAGGUGGCCGCAUCUGCUCUUUCUCCCCUUGCAUCGAACAAGUCCAAAGAACCUGCCUAGCGAUGGAAGAAUGUGGUUUCACAGAGAUUAACACCUUGGAAAUUCUGCUCCGAGUGUACAAUGUAAGGACAAUUAGCUUGCAAAUCCCUGACCUUGGAAAAGUGACUGAGGAUAAUUCUAGCACGAGCUUUGACAGCAGCAACCCAUCAAACCAAGGCAGCCUGUCCGCUAAUCUGCAGCAAGGAAGUGCGCAGUUCAAAAGCGGCGUGCCGCUCAGGGAGAUGGUGGGUCACACUGGAUACCUGACCUUUGCCACCAAGAGCCUCCUUUAGACGUGUUGAGUUGAUGCAGUUUGGAGCCUUUUGUGUGCUUGUGUGUGUAUUCUGUUUUCGUGCUUCUUUUUUGUAGGCCAUCCGAAUUUUCGCUCGUCAGGGAAUUCCAUAUAUAGUCAGAUUUGGUUGGAAUAUGCUUUGUUUAAAUAGCACACAAGCAUUAAGCAGAGCAGCAUCAAGGGAAUGUUGAAACUCUGGAAUGGUGCUCCACUUGCUGUCAGAAAGAAGAUAAAUUAACAGCAAAUGGCCAUUCACUGGAAUGUGCAGAAUAAAGAUCCCUCUCGAUAAGGAGGCAAAACAAACUGCACACUAGUUGCAAGUAAAUUGAAUUUUCCCCUCCUCUUUUAUGAAUUACUUUCCCAGGUUUAUGUUUUGUUUUUUUUUCCUAGCACCACUCAAAACUGUUUUUCCUAAAUUCUGUAGUGUCUGUGUUACUCUUAGAAUCAUAGAAUCAACCAGGUCGGAAGAGACCUCCAAGAUCAUCCACUCCAACCUAGCACCCAGCCCUAGCCAGUCAACUAGACCAUGGCACUAAGUGCCUCAAGUUCAUUUUAGGUACAAAAGUUGCAGGGUCAUAGCAUUGCCAGCACAAAUGAUCACAGAAUUAGUAUUUCCUUUGAAUACUGUUUGUCUGCCCAGAGGAAUAUUGACAGUGCUCAGGAACACAACCUCACUCCAUUCCAGGCUAGCAUCUGCAACUGGAAAUCAUUUAGAUUACAUGAAGGUCAAAACAGUGUGCUAAUUGUUUGGUUUGGUUUGAAAUAAUAUGUUGUGCUCAUCAGUUUUUAGUAGAAAUUUGGACCUAGAUUCAUACUGUAACCUUCUAAAAGAUCAUCCACUUCCAUAGUUGAUGAAUCCACUGAACAUCUGGUUAAUAUUAUGUGAACACCUGUUUGUAAGCAGUGUGGCUGAGGUUCCAUCUCUUUGGUGUUUUCUGUGCAUCAUGGCGUACUGUCUGCAGCUGAACAGCAGACUGCUUUUGGCAGAAUGUCUGUCUCCCAGUUGCAACAACAAUGCAAACUUAGUAGAAUUCUCAACUAGCUUUAUUAAUGAAGUUUUCAGGAGGUUUACUCUGUGGUCUUCUAUACAGAGCUGGUGGACGUGAUGAACCGUUUGAAUGCUGGAUUAAAUUUUGUACUUAAAGAUUAAAGUAAUGAUGCAAAUUUAUAA